CCGUUUUCAUUUCAGCGUUCAGGUCUCCACCCGCGUACUGGCGUCUUUGUAAAACCGCUACGGAGUGGUGAAGACAUCUGGCGGGCGGAGAAACCAGAACCAAUUAGAAGCAAAGGAGCGAAGGAGUAGGGGGCGGGUUUGAAGGCGGGACUAGAGGAUUUGCGUCACGGAUUGGCCCACUUUCCAAGUUGAUCGCCCCUUCGAACCCUCCCCCUCAUCUCCGGCCAAUUUCCAGAGAUCGUGGUCCCCACACCAAGUUCCGCCUCUUUACCCCACAAGCUCCUCCCGUUCUGUUUCAAACCAGACCUACACCCCCAAAGAGGAGGCCCCCUUUGGAUACCCAAGCCCCACCCACCUACAUCAAACCCCGCCCACUAGAAGAUGGUUCCUCCUCCAUGCCAAAAGGUUCCUCCUUCUCUGUAUAAUGCCCCACCCCUUAUCGUUCGACCCUUACCCCCUCAAAUCACUUGAGCCCCGAGGUCGAGAGAUGGAGGUGGAUAUCUACACCCUGCCCUGGCCUGCUAUGUCCUUCGGUCCAUCUGUCCACUCCCACCCUCUUCCAAUGUCUUCAAUUCCCCCACACUCUGGAGGGCGGGCGGGCAGGCGGGUGCGAGCGGGGGGUGUGCGCCGCUCUCUCGACAGGGGGCGGGGGAGGCGGCCGCGCGGUGACGCGCGGGGCUGCUGCGGCUGCUCCGCCGGCGGAUCAUCACUCUCGGGCUGGGAUGGACGCGGGGCGGGCGGGCCCUGGCGCGCGGAGCCAGGAGUCCGGGCCUCCCGGCUUCUGAGCAUCCCUCGAAGCCUACCCAACCCCCGCCUUCCCUCCUAAGAACCGCACCGACCCCAGCCCCGGGGCUCUGGACACGGCUCCCGCCCUUCUCAGAGUCCCCGGACCUCCCCCUCCCUCCCGCCCUCGGGAUCGACUAGAUUCCCUCCCCCUCCCCGAGGAAUCCGGCUGGAUCCCUGCCCCUGCACCGCGGAUCCUGCGCUCCCGGGCCCCUGGGGAUUGCCGUGGACUCCUUCUCCAGCACCUGAUCCUUUAGGAUCCUCCGCCUGGACCGCCCCUGGUCCCUCGAAACCAGCCCACAGAGCCAGUGGAUCCCCAAUCCAGUCCUGUCUUGUUGCACCCUCUUUGCUCUACUAUCCCCACUGCGGGGUUCCCUGUUCUCGGGCUCACCCAACCCCAUUCCCUAGCUCUCCUUCUCCCAGGGAUCGACUGGAUCCCGGCCCCGCCCCCCCGGGGCUGGGGCGAUCCCCCUCCCCCGCCGGGUGAGGCGCUGCGGGCCGGGGCUGGGCCUGUGGGGCCGCGGGGGCUCAAAGGCCACCGCCCCCCUCCCGAAGGCUGUCCGCCCCCUCCUCGGAGCCCUGGAUGGAGGCACCACGGCCCCAGGGCUGAGCCAGGUCGGGCCUGCCUUCACCUGCUCCCACCUCUUUCCCCUUCCCCACCCCUUGCCACCUCCAUGGAGAGGAACAGACCCUUUCUCUGUCCAGUCUAACCUAGGACCCUCCCCACCCCCCUCCUCCCCUCCUCCCUCCUGGGGCGAGGGGGGCCUCCCCCCCUCUCCCCCCCUUCUCUCUCUCUCCGAGGGGGGGGUCCCGGGGAGGGAGGGGGGGUCCCCGAUCAGCAUGUGGCUCCUGGCGCUGUGUCUGGUGGGGCUGGCGGGGGCUCAACGGGGGGGAGGGGGUCCAGGCGGCGGCGCCCCGGGCAGCCCUGGCCUGGGCCUCAGCAGCCUCGGGGAGGAGCGCUUCCCAGUGGUGAACACGGCCUACGGGCGAGUGCGCGGUGUGCGGCGCGAGCUCAACAACGAGAUCCUGGGCCCGGUUGUGCAGUUCUUGGGCGUGCCCUACGCCACGCCGCCCCUGGGCGCCCGCCGCUUCCAGCCGCCUGAGGCACCAGCCUCUUGGCCCGGCGUGCGCAACGCCACCACCCUGCCGCCCGCCUGCCCGCAGAACCUGCACGGGGCGCUGCCCGCCAUCAUGCUGCCUGUGUGGUUCACCGACAACUUGGAGGCGGCCGCCACCUAUGUGCAGAACCAGAGCGAGGACUGCCUGUACCUCAAUCUCUACGUGCCCACCGAGGACGGUCCGCUCACAAAAAAACGUGACGAGGCGACGCUCAAUCCGCCAGACACAGAUAUCCGUGACUCUGGGAAGAAGCCUGUGAUGUUGUUUCUACACGGCGGCUCCUACAUGGAGGGCACCGGGAACAUGUUUGAUGGUUCAGUCCUGGCCGCUUAUGGCAACGUCAUCGUAGCUACACUCAACUACCGUCUUGGGGUGCUUGGUUUUCUCAGCACCGGAGACCAGGCUGCAAAAGGCAACUAUGGGCUCCUAGACCAGAUUCAGGCCCUGCGCUGGCUCAGUGAAAACAUUGCCCACUUUGGGGGUGACCCUGAGCGCAUCACCAUAUUUGGGUCUGGGGCAGGAGCCUCCUGUGUCAACCUUCUGAUCCUUUCUCACCAUUCAGAAGGGCUGUUCCAGAAGGCCAUUGCCCAGAGUGGCACAGCAAUUUCUAGCUGGUCUGUCAACUACCAGCCGCUCAAGUACAUGCGGCUGCUGGCAGCCAAGGUAGGCUGUGACCGGGAGGACAGUGCUGAAGCUGUGGAGUGUCUGCGCCGGAAGCCUUCCCGGGAGCUGGUGGACCAAGAUGUGCAGCCCGCCCGCUACCAUAUCGCCUUUGGACCUGUGGUGGACGGUGAUGUAGUCCCUGAUGACCCUGAGAUCCUCAUGCAGCAAGGAGAAUUCCUCAACUACGACAUGCUCAUUGGGGUCAACCAGGGAGAGGGCCUCAAGUUUGUGGAGGACUCUGCAGAGAGUGAGGACGGCGUGUCUGCCAGUGCCUUUGACUUCACUGUCUCCAACUUUGUGGACAACCUAUAUGGCUACCCUGAAGGCAAGGAUGUGCUGCGGGAGACCAUCAAGUUUAUGUACACGGACUGGGCUGACCGGGACAAUGGCGAGAUGCGGCGUAAAACCCUACUGGCUCUCUUUACUGACCACCAGUGGGUGGCCCCAGCUGUGGCCACUGCCAAGCUGCAUGCUGACUACCAAUCCCCUGUCUACUUUUACACCUUCUACCACCACUGCCAGGCUGAGGGCCGGCCGGAGUGGGCGGAUGCGGCACAUGGGGAUGAGCUUCCCUAUGUUUUUGGGGUGCCCAUGGUGGGUGCCACUGACCUCUUUCCCUGCAACUUCUCCAAGAAUGAUGUCAUGCUCAGCGCCGUAGUCAUGACCUACUGGACCAACUUUGCCAAGACUGGCGACCCUAACCAGCCGGUGCCACAGGAUACCAAGUUCAUCCACACUAAGCCCAACCGCUUUGAGGAGGUGGUGUGGAGCAAGUUCAACAGCAAGGAGAAGCAGUACCUACACAUCGGCUUGAAGCCACGCGUGCGUGACAACUACCGCGCCAACAAGGUGGCCUUCUGGCUGGAGCUCGUGCCCCACCUGCACAACCUGCACACAGAGCUCUUCACCACUACCACGCGCCUGCCACCUUAUGCCACUCGCUGGCCACCUCGCCCACCCCCUGGUGCCCCAGGCACGCGCCGGCCCCCACCGCCUGCCACCCUGCCACCUGAGCCCGAGCUUGAGCCAGGCCCAAGGGCCUAUGACCGUUUUCCUGGGGACUCACGGGACUACUCCACGGAGCUUAGCGUCACUGUGGCCGUGGGGGCCUCCCUCCUCUUCCUCAACAUCCUGGCCUUUGCUGCCCUUUACUACAAGCGGGACCGGCGGCAGGAGCUGCGAUGCAGGCGACUUAGCCCACCUGGUGGCUCAGGCUCUGGUGUGCCUGGUGGGGGCCCCCUGCUCCCUGCCACUGGCCGAGAGCUGCCACCAGAGGAGGAGCUGGUGUCAUUGCAGCUGAAGCGGGGUGGUGGUGUCGGGGCAGACCCAGCUGAAGCCCUGCGCCCUGCCUGCCCGCCCGACUAUACCCUGGCCCUGCGCCGGGCACCGGACGAUGUGCCUCUCUUGGCCCCCGGGGCCCUGACCCUGCUGCCCAGUGGCCUGGGGCCACCACCACCACCACCGCCCCCCUCUCUCCAUCCCUUUGGGCCCUUCCCCCCUCCUCCCCCAACUACUUCCAGCCACAACAACACGCUACCCCACCCCCACUCCACUACUCGGGUAUAGGGGGCAGCUUGGGGAGGUCUUCCUCCCCAGCCCUCCCUCGCCCAGCCACACUGAAGGCAGGGAGGAGGACUUGGCAACAGGCUUUUCUCCUGUGGAGUUGUCACACAUCUUCAAGCAGCAUUAAGGUGGACAUGGGAUUUCUUACUGGGAUGUAUGUUUUUCCCAUGCAGAGAGGCUCACUCAUUCUCUUCUCUGGACCUGGGCCUUUGAACAAAUGGGGGGUGUUUUUUCCCCUCCAUUGGGACACCAGUCUUCAGUGUGUGGAAAUGUGGAAGUAUUUUCCCACGUGGAGGUGUGCUUUCUCAUGAGGGGGUGUGUUUUCCCAUGUGCAGGGUGAGGUUUUUUUUUGCCGCCCUGGACACAUGUUGGCCCCCUCAAAGAAUUUCUGUGGGGAUUUGUACCCCAGAAUCCUGUUCCUUCAUGCCUUCUUCCUCCUCCUCCUUCCUCCCUCCCCCUGGAGACCCUGGAAGUGGUGUGUUCACAUACAGUAACCCUUGGCCACCAGUUGACACAGGGUGGUGCCUGGGAAUCAUCGAGGAAAUCAUAGCCACCCUCGCCCCUGCCCUGCUUCCCACCCUAGCAAGCAUGUCUUUCCCCAUGGCACAAGUCAGAUGAAGCACCUUCUCCCAGGAAGGACCUCAUAGGGAUAGACACAGAUUUCCUGCUGAGGUGGAAGAAGGAGAUCUGUGCAUCCCAGUGCUGCCUGGAAACUUAUUUUCCCACAGUCCAGGACACAUUUCUCCAAGUAGAAACAUGUUCUUGCAUGUGGAUAUGUGUUUUCCCAGGCAGAGGGUCCCUCUCUCCCCAGGACUCCCUGCAUCUCCCAGGGCUCAGGCCUCACUCAAUUCCUCCCUACACAGCAGGUGGGAACAGCCUUGGAUUGACAGGAUAUUGACAGCUAUGGGUACAAACCCUGAGGAAGGGCUCAGUCCUCUCUGCCCCAGAGAUGCUGAGUUGGAGAAGGGGGAGUGUGGCACAUGCCACCCACAGAGGCCAUGCAUGUUUGACCAAAGCCCUCAUCAGGAUCUGAGGACAGCCCUUCCCUAAGUCCUGAGAUCAUUGUUCAUCCGUGCCAAACUGGGUAGGUGGGUUUGAGGGGGAAAGACCCCCCCCAAAUGUGCCAAGGAUUCCCCAGUCCUAAACUGGGAAAUGGGGAGGGAGUAUGGCAACGAGGGGGUUCCCACCUGUGUCUCUUCUCUCCUAACUGGGUCAUGCCCCCUCUCUGCCUCAGUUCCCCAUUCCCCUCCAUCUCUGUCCCUCUUUGAAGCUGUCUCCAUCUCAGUGUCGGACCAGCCUUCUCCCCUCAGCUGCCUGCCCCCCCAGUUUUGACCUGUCUCCCUUGGCUGAAGGGAAGAGAAGGAGCAGUGGAGGGACGGCAGCAGGAGAAAAGUCUCACCAGACAGGCUGGAGAAAAUGAAGUCAACUGUGCCAAGGAACAGAUGGCGGGGGAGACAGGAAUUUUGAAAGGAAAUGUGUGAGGUGACUGCCCAGAGGUCCCUGGGUGCAAGCCUCUGGGGAAAAGAGUGAUGUCAGAAAGGGUUUUAAGGGACACCAGUAGAGGCAGGGAGGAUUCUCUGUUGGCAUGUUGUGGGAUGUUAGUGCCAAACUUAAAUAGGAGGUGGGCUGCUAUCUUCCACUGGCACCCAAAUCCAAUAUCCCUGGUCUUGAGUCCCCAGAACAUUGCCUCCUGAUUGUCCCUUCUCCUCCUACCUCCAUCCAUGGAAACUUAGUUCUUUUCUGAACCUUUCCCCUGCCUGGUCUAGCUCCUCUCCAGCCAUGACCUCCAAAUGCUAGAGACCUGGGUCCUGAACCCUGUAGAGAGAUGCCCCCAGAAUAGGGGCAUGGGAGGGGGUCUGGGGGACCCCAUGAUUCAGCCACGGACUCCAAUGCCCAGCCCCUCUCCCCUAAACAAUCCUGACAGUCCAUGUCUUUACCCCCAACCCUUUGCGGCUCUGUACACAUUUUUAAACCUGGCAAAAGAUGAAGAGAAUAUUGUAAAUAUAAAAGUUUAACUGUU